AUGCAGAGAAUAUUAGAGAAGAAACACUUCAGAAACAAACAGAAAGAGAUAGAAUACAUUUCGAAGAAAUUGCAAUCUUACGAUUGGAAGACUUACCCUCAUAGAUGUCUUCUUAUCUUAGAUGAUUUCGCCUCUCAUCCUUUGUUAAAGAACAGAGAACAAGAUAUGUUCGAAUUCUUAAGAAGCUCAGACACUUUAACAUCUCAGUUGUCAUUUGUGUACAGACAGCAAAGAGUUUAA